AUGGCAAAUGAAGCCCAGAUCAAGAGUGUGGUACGAGUCAACAUCCAGAGUGACUGGAAUAUGAGUGUCGUCGUCUGCAUGGUUGCGUGCAUGAGCGGCCAAGACGUUGUCGCUGGCAGUUGUUGGCCAGCAUGUUCCGUCCGACUUGCACGAUUCACGUCGACGACGGUGGGUCAUGACGGCCGGGAAACCAUGUACAAGCACAUCUUUGCGUCUUCUCCUUGGCGCUUUCACCAAUCCCCACCCCCGACCAAGUUGUUCGGGUCUUCCAGAUCGGUCUCAUGCCAGGAAUCCCUACGCCGUCAUGCAUGCAGGACCAUUCCAUUCCAGGGCCUUGCCGUGCAGCGUGGGGUUCUUCCAUUGUGUGGGAUCCAUCCAAACAGGUAUCCCGCUGGUCUUACCCCUCGCCAGCACAUCAGCCUGCUAAGUCCUACUGCGCCUCGUCUGCUUCUUGCCGCGCCUUCAGCAGGUGCUGGACAAGCUUCCACUAUGCAACGAGCACGACCUUAUCCGUUCAAUGUGAUCACAGCUAGUCUGCGUGUGACUAUGACGAUUCCAUAG